AUGAUUGAUUUGACCCUACUGGACGCAAGCGCCAGUCGUCACGAUUUUACCGUCGGAAUGUCAGGGGAGGUCACAAGCACGAAGACAAAUGAGGCGUCUCCUUAUCACGUGCCGUUUCCCUUCCGAAUGCCCCACAAUACCCAGCGUCGGAUGGCCGAAAUCGCCAUAUCUGAGUAUACCGUUAACAGCAUGCUCUAUCAGGCCCACAGAGACCUUGAUACGACCGCCUACAUCACCAUCAGCCCUGGAAUCUCCCCCAACCAGUACGACCCGCUCCCAUCACCGCGCACCGCCACGCUCACCCAAAGCUACAAAUUCGCGUUCUAUUAUCACGUUGACUCUUCAUACUCCCGUGUCGGACCACGCUGCAUAAACCCCCCACCUGCAGCCUUGAUGAAGUAUGUCUAUCAGAUCAAGUGGAAGAGGUGGAUAGCGACCAAAUAUCCAGGGAGAACUUUGGAGAUAAUAAUAAGAACCACACAACCUCCACUGGUUACUUUGCGCCAAGAUGAGGUGAUAGUGUCUCUACAAGGGCGAUGCCUCUUUUUCUUGGAAGGUACGCGACAGAAAGUCGGCGUGAUUCCUUUCUCUAUUGAAGCAAUCAUUCGACUACAAACCGUUGGAUCCCAAUUGAGAGGAAGUAUCGCCAUAACGAAGCUCACUUUCAACCCUGGCGUUGAAUUCUUCGGCCUGACUGUUCAACAUCUGGACGGCUUGCGGAAGUCAACGAAGAAAGCUCUUGAGAAUAUGAUAAAUGGCGUCUUGAAUGCUGGAAUCCCUUUGACAGCUUCCUAUAUAGACACAUCUCUACGACUUUCCGCUAUCCACGUCUCUAUUGCGCCUGGUGCUGCUCUGUUACAAGCCAACGUCGACCUCUACAGUUCGUUCUACAACCACAACUGA